GCGCAGCCGGCCCCUCCCACACUCGAGCGCACGCGCCUAGCCAGCCCCCAGUUAACGGCCGACCUAGCAGGAAUUCGCCCGCCCGCCCGCCCGCCAGGCUGGCGAAGGCCGGGGCUUGCUCAAGGGACGCUUUUGCCCGGCUCGAUUUCCUUGCCUCCCAUUGGCCACCGCGGAAGGGCACGGCUUCGCGAUUGGCUCGGCCCCGCUGCCAAUCUUUAGUUCUGGGACACAUAAAAAUGGGUAGAAAAGAUUCGUCUUCUGCAAGAGGUCCCGUUGAGCAGUACAGAAAACAAAUAGGAAAACAAGAUUACAAGAAAACCAGGCCAAUGUUAAAAGCAACAAGAUUAAAAGCAGAGGCCAAGAAAACUGCGCCAGGAAUGAAGGAAGUCAGCCUCAUCCUUGCAGCUAUAUUGGUAUUUCUGGUGGCAUGUUAUGCUUUCUUUUAUCUUAACCUUUCCGAAGAGGUUGACCUUGAACUGGAUCAAGAUGAAAACUAGCAGAUGUCUUUUUUUGCAAGCUUUUUCUUUUCUAGAAAAGAAGAUUAUGAUGAACAAGCCAUCUCUUCAUGGAGGUGGCCAUAACUUGAACAAGUUUGGAACACUUUGGAACACUUUUGAUACUCAUGAGAAUAUUGUAGCAAGGCUUACAGGUUUUAAUGAUGAAGCCCAUUGACCAAACCUCUGUUAUUCAGCCUGGUUUAUUGAGUGAUGUAGACCCUUUUCAUAGUUUGUUUCAUAAUUUGAGCUGGAAAAUAUUUGAUUCCGGAAUAUAGUUUCCUACAUUUAUGAGCAUUACCAUGUUGGAGGGCAGACUCUGAUUUCCCUGGACUCAUCUUGGAAUUAAUUUGUUAUUUUCAAAGGAUGGCAACAAGUAGAAGUCACAAAGAACAAGACAAACCGAAACCAAAUAGGAUGGAACUGGAUGAAGUUACAUUGUCUGUGCUGUCUGUGGGCAUGCUUCCAUUAUUAACGAUGUUAAGUUGCAUUAAAGGCAGUAGGAAAGGUUCAAGCAUAUGUAUAAUUCUUAGACCAAUACCAGUGAGAAUUUAAAUGAGCUUAACUAUAGCUGGAUCAUACCCAGUAAUUAGUGAGAGCAAAUAUUAGUAUGCCAAGGUUUACUUUGACUUUGCGAGCAAAAAGUGUAGACAAGCUGGAGAAGAGGGAUUCGACUAGACCAGCACAAUCUUCUCCAUAUUAAUGCAUCAAGUGUACCUUCUUGCACCAUUGGGCAUGAUGCUGCAAAAACACACAUAGGUUGCAUUGAUUUCAGUAAGAGAGUAAAAUGUGCUUAAAUCCCAUUUAGAAUAAGGAGAUUGUAAAAUGCUGGAUGUUGGCUGGAACACGCUCAUUGUUAUUAACUGCAAAACAGCCCAAUGCCAAGAUCCAGAGCUCAAAGGAGUCCAGAGGAUGCUAACCAGGACAUCACAAUUUAUGGACAAUUAAUGAAUAGGUAAGACCUACUGAGUUCAAUUGGACUUGUUCCCAGAUAGGUUUGUAUAGGAUUGUAGCAUAGGUUGGUUGCAACCUCUGCAAGUGUCAAUUUCAACCAAGCAGUCUUAAUUCAUGGGGAUUUUUAAAAACUAAUUUGCAAAGAUCACCUUGAGUUAACCACCUUGAGUUUCCAUUUGCAAAGAAAGCAGAUUUUUACAGAGAAAAUAAUUAAAGGUAAUUUAUGGUAUUGGCAUACAAGUUGAUAUACUUGGAUUUAUUUCCUAACAGCAAAUUAAACUGUGCUCAAGUAUGGCCAUCAGAGAACCAAGAACCAGACAAGAGAGGUGUAAUCAAAUAUUUUAAGAUUGGAGCUAAUGGAAACAGAUGGGUCACUACACUGCUCUUCCCUCUCCCAGUGGGACCUUCGUCUAGAAUCAUAGAAUCAUAGAAUCAUAGAGUUGGAAGAGACCACAAGGGCCAUCCAGUCCAACCCCCUGCCAAGCAGGAAACACCAUCAAAGCAUUCCUGACAGAUGGCUGUCAAGCCUCUGCUUAAAGACCUCCAAAGAAGGAGACUCCACCACACUCUUUGGCAGCAAAUUCCACUGCCGAACAGCUCUUACUGUCAGGAAGUUCUUCCUAAUGUUUAGGUGGAAUUUUCUUUCUUGUAGUUUGAAUCCGUUGCUCCGUGUCCGCUUCUCUGGAGCAGCAGAAAACAACCUUUCUCCCUCCUCUAUAUGACAUCCUUUUAUAUAUUUGAACAUGGUUAUCAUAUCACCCCUUAACCUUCUCUUCUCCAGGCUAAACAUACCCAGCUCCCUAAGCCGUUCCUCAUAAGGCAUCGUUUCCAGGCCUUUGACCAUUUUGGUUGCCCUCUUCUGGACACGUUCCAGCUUGUCAGUAUCCUUCUUGAACUGUGGUGCCCAGAACUGGACACAGUACUCCAGGUGAGGUCUGACCAGAGCAGAAUACAGUGGUACUAUUACUUCCCUUGAUCUAGAUGCUAUACCAUCAAAGCAUUCUCUGCUGUGGCUUUCAGUGGAUGUUUGCAUAGAAUGUGAAGAGCCUCGACUCAGUAAAAGCUACUUGGAGUCAACUCUGAUCAAGCUCUACGUUCCAAAGCUUCCAAAUUAUCAAGAGUUGCCAGAAGAAACACUUCCCAAAUAAGCAUGCUUUAAUAAUUUGUAAUUGUAGCACAUCUAUACAUAGAAUCACACGCCAAACCUCUCUGUUUAGAAGAACCCUUCUAUUCCUUUUUUAAAAAAGAAGUUUAUUUUCAGUGUCACCCUGGCUCCUUUGUGCAUAUAUAUCAGCAGUCAUCUUUUUCAUUCAUUGCCAACUGUUCAAGGCACAUGUGUUCUGUCAGAAAUGGCACCUGGAUGACAGAAGCUCAAGCAUUCACAUAUGCCUCUGAAGCAGAGUUCCUUGCCUCUUGGGCUAUCUUAACGAAUGUAAAUAGAAAGUUCAGUCGAUGUUGAUUUUAAUUAGCGCAUUGCUUCAUUAAUAUAAAGUUGAAAUUCUGUUUUAAUUAUACCAUUGCUGCUCUUGCAAUAUCAACAUGGAAGAUACAUGGUUGCUGGUUGUUGUUGUUUUGUUGUUUUUUUAAAAAAAAUCUCUUUGGCAAUUAGGCAGUCAUUUUUCAUAAGUUCAAAUAGCGGUUAGCAAACCUUUCCCAUACAAAUUCCCAGUAAAUUUGAAACACCCUGGCUCCUUCAUACUUUCUUGUAUGAUACAAUUCUAAAUAUACUGUAUAAGUCCCCCCC